AUUUCAAUAGAGGACUAGACAUACAGGAAAAGUCACUUUUAAACGAAAGCGGCCGAGAACUCUCUCAAUGGAAACGAGCUCGAAGUAGAUAAGCACAGGCUGUCAUCGAAAUGGUUCCGCUACAUCUGUGAAGCAGCCACCAAUCAACAAUGAGUUGGCUCCGUAAACUUCACAGGCUGAAACUCGACCCAAAAACGUACUUUUCGACGAAGUGCGAAGAAAAGACCGUUUACGUAUCGAAAUCGACCGACAUAUUCACUAACCUUGCUGUAGAAGACUUUAUAUAUAACAAUUCUGACUUCAAAAACUUCAACUUGCUGAUGCUGUGGCAAAACGAGCCAUGUGUGGUGAUCGGUCGGCACCAAAAUCCCUGGUUGGAGUGCAAUUGCGCCCAGCUCACAUCUGAAGGAGUCAAGUUAGCCAGAAGAAACAGCGGCGGUGGGACUGUCUACCACGACAUGGGAAAUUUAAAUUUGACGUUUUUUACGUCUAGGGAAUGCUACAAUCGGAAAACUAAUUUGGAAUUAAUAUCGAGAGCUCUAUAUAAAGCUUUCCGAUUGAAAGUGGAUAUUUCCACCAGAGAAGAUUUGGUUGUAGGAGAUUUUAAAGUAUCGGGUACUGCUUCUAAAUUGGGAAGGACGACGGCGUAUCACCAUUGUACACUCCUGGUGGAUGUAAACAAGGAUCGCUUGAGGAAAGCUUUAAAUAGUCCACUGUCUGACGUCGAAACCAACGCCACCAAGUCCGUAAAGUCGAGAAUUAUAAAUUUAACUGAGCUGAAAGCCGACUUGGACGUUGAAAGUGUGAGGGAAGCUAUUGCUUCGGAGUACUUGAGUGGCACGGGUCGUUUACAAACCAUCGGGUGUGAAGAAGACACUUUUCCGGGCUUGCGAAAGAUCAGAGAACGUCUGUUGAGUCUAGAGUGGCGGUUUUUGAAGACACCCGAUUUUAAAAUAACACGAGUAGUGUCGAGUAGCCCGAAAUUAGAUGUAGUUUUGUUAGUUGUAAAGGGAGUGGUAGCGAAAGUGCAGAUCGUACGCGAAGGUUCCCUUAACGCUAAUGAGUUUUCCGACGUUUUUAGUGAUUUGGAAGACAGGACUUUCAGCAACGAUUUGCUGGACGAGUUCGACAUGCUUGUGAAGGAAUGGAAAAAUACCGAUGAAAUUUUACUAACCAAAAAUGUUUGAUUUUAGUCAAAAAGUGUGCCAACGUCUGGUGUUAGUUUAAUUAAAUCUCUGAAAAUCAUUCGGCUAAAGUGAAUUAAACAUUUUCUUUCCUAUUUCACACGACAAGCACUCAAACCAGAUUAUUUGGUACUAUUUCUGAAUUUAAUCCACUAUCACUUUUUUGUGUCGUACUGUAUGUCAUUGCUGACUUGGCGGGCCCAUUCCCCAUAUAAAUAUACUGGGGCUUUCCUCAUAAUUCGCUACCCCUCUUAAUUUUGAUAUCUGGAAAGAUAGGAAAAAAUAUUUUAUAUAAAAGUUGAACAAAAAAAAAUAAAAAAAUGUUUUUUUUCCAAUCAGGUAAUUAUUUUAGGAGACAUCCUGUAUAUUAUUUCACAGAAAGAAAAUGUAUUUUUCUGCUGUUUUCAAAGUACAAGGUUUGUUUAACUUAUUGUAAAAAAAAUAGCUCCAAAAUUGUUAAAAUGUAUAAAUAAUCCCAAAUCCAGUGCAGCAACGGCUUCUGAAAAACAAUUGAAUGCGGUAAUUUUAUGUGACAUUUUGACGCGCGUAAGAAGGCAGCAGAUUUCUUCUGAAUGUUAUGUUACUGAACGAGUACUUAUACUUGUACAUUGUAUAGUUUCACCAAUAAUCCAUAAACAUAACCUAGCAAUAUAAAUAGUGCCUUCGUGCCAUAGUAGGAGUGUAUACGUUUUCCUUCUUAUUAUUUUUUUUUGAGAAUUUACGUCUGCGUUUCUUGGAUAAAAGAUUGUUCAUCCAAACUGCGAGCAAAGCUACUCGUUUUUUGCAAAACAAUCUGUAACAAAUUGAAAAUUAAACGUAUAACUUGCAGCAUCACUCGCUUUUCCUCAAAUGGAAUCAUCUACAUCUUUUUCAUCAACUUCAAAUUGUCUCAUCAGAUGUGCUAAAUCUCCUCUCGUUAUAAGAUUUCUUCUCUCCAGUUGACCACUUUUAUUAUAUUCAAUGACCUUUUGAUUGAUUGGUAUUCUGUGUUUUUUAGCUAAUCUUGAAAAUUCUAAAAAAUCAUAAUAAAAUAUAAUAAUUAAAUUUACUUUCACAUAAUUUCACAUCCAACCUUUGUAAUCACUUCUGCUACACUCUUACCAUAUUUUUUUCUAUAUACCCACAAUCGUUUCUUCAACUGGGUAUUUUCUUCCUUUAAGGUAAGCAUAAUCUACUUCUCUCAGUAUAGUUUUCUAUUCUCCUUUGUCUUUCAAGCUAAAAACUAUUUAAAUUCUUACAAUACAAAAUCGAUUCCUUUAUGGUUAUGAUAAAUAUGUUGAUGUUGAAUUAAGUUUGUAGGAAAUUGAAAAGAAAUCUUGUUUCAGUAUAUUGAGCAGAUAAUUUUCCAAGUCAAUUUUGAUCCUACAGAUGAAGAAACCCUAUCUUGAUCUUAAUUUGUUGUUUUUAUAAGUCGCUUUUUGGUUUAGAUACUUGAAAUUUCCAAAUUACAAAAUUGACUUGCCAGUUUAUUCUUUCAUAUAUUAUAUCCUAA